AUGAUUCACCGCGGAGAAGAGCAGAUCCUACUGCAGGACGCACCCCUCACUAUACCAGGAACUUUGCACACCAUAGGUGUGCGAGGCGGCCAUUACAUGAGAUCGCCGAGUAACUCCAGUAGCUCAAGCUCUUCUACGUCAUCUGCGUCGGCUGGUGUCGUGCUUGAUCUCGCUCUUUCUCAGCUCCAACGAUAUGCCGCGACUUGCGACCUCGUCGCGCUGACCAACGCUAUCCGCGACUUUCGAGCUCUCUCUGUCGGCCUUGGCCUUAACUCCGACGAACUUGCGGACCUCCAAUCGGUGUUAUGCGCCGCCCUCCGCCAGAUGUACGAGCGCACUGGAGACCAAACUGCCCUAGCCGAGGCUGCAAGUAUGGGCGAACUUUCUGUGCUGGUGGUCUACGAUGCUUCUUCGUUUGGCGAGAGGGCAGUGACCUUCGCGCAUGCUCUGUUUGCGCAGUUCUCUCUGACGGGGCAGGUGAACUACCUCAAUCGUGCUGGGGCACUGCUGGAUCACGCCCUCUUGGUCGUACAGGGAACCGAGAUGUACGAUAUUGUUGCCACUUGCUUAGCCGAAUGUCUUCGUGUUCGUUCGCUUGCACUGAACGAUGGGGAUGCCUUGAUUCGCGCUUUGAUGCUGUUCUCCUCCACAAGUGGACAAAUGACCGACAUCACGCUGGUGACCUAUGCACUUUGCCUCCAACAACGGUAUUAUCGUUUUCGGGAGGACAGCGACCUAGCUCUUGCCAUUGCCCUCUGCGAAGGGGCUUUGACCUCCACAUCCCCUGGGCCUCUCGUCCGGGCAGCGGUGCUGACUGCAACCUCGGUGCUAUACGCCACUCAAGUCGGCAACACCAACAACCAGGACGACUUAGGCCGCGCUAUUGACUAUGGCAGACAAGGUCUUACAUUGGUGCACGAUUUCGCGACCUGUUGGCCUAGGGUACAAGUCCCGCUUGCCCUAAUGGAACUCCACCGUUACAUGUGGCACGGAAAUGCAGGGGAGCUCACAGGCGUUUUCUCCAACCUAGAAAAAGUACUGGCUGCCAUACCGGAAAAUGGGAUCGAGCGAGCGUCUGCUUUGCAUGUCGCCGCAGUGACAUAUCUGUAUCGAUUCGAUGUCUGCGGACGCACGGUUGAUCUCGACUCCAUGGUUCAUUUUGCCCGACAAUGCGUAUCAUCGACCACUUUCCAACGAGUCCGAUAUCAUGCAAGUCUCAUGUUGCUGUCCGCUUCCGUUCGAAUUCGUUAUCGUUACCUUCACCGUGGGGAGGACCUUGCCGAAUUUCUCGACCUGGCGAAGACAACGGUGAAUAAGAUGCCGGCUGGCUACCCUGCUUCUCAGGCCUCAUGCAUUGGGAAUCUUGGAAUAGCAGAGCAUGCGGCUGACGUCGAGAACCGUGGUACGGCACUUCUUGAUCGAGCAAUAACAGACCUUCAUCGAUCGAUCGACCUCCGGGCAGAUGGGACCUGGGGAAAGUCAGAACUUUUCGAAGAAUUUUUUGCGCUGGGAGAAGCCUAUCUUGCUCGUGCCGAACAGACGAAAAUGGUAUCAGACUGGUCGAAUGGGUUCCAAGCCUUCGAGCAAUGCCUUCAAUAUUCAACUCGUAGACAUACCCGACGAACAAGGGCCCUGGUUGCCCCUGCGAUUGGGCAGCGCAAGCUUUUCCUGGCCACAGGCCAAGGGGACUUAGACGAAUCCUUGCAGCUGCUCCGUGAAGCGCUGGAGUGUACCCCCUUAGGAUUGCCGACACGGGCGAGAGUGCUGAUUGAAUAUGGUCACACCUCCAUGCUGCUUUAUCGGCGAAAUCCCCAGCAAGUCGAUCAUAUGAAGAACGCCUGGAACGCAUGGAGAACUGCCGCUCAUGAUUUUUUGAGCUACGUUCGGGAUCGGUUUGACGCAGUGCGGCUUUGGGUCCAACUGGCUAGCGAACAGAAGGAUUACAAAGACGCUGUCGACGCCUCAGCACAAGCUCUCUUAAUUCUACCACGAUUCCCAUGGAUUGGCAUGGACCACGAGGCUAGGAUUAAGGAAUUAAAAGCUGCGACACUCAAGAUGGGGAAUCAGGCAGCCAGCGCAGCCAUCGAGCUUGGUGCGUGUGAAGAGGCAGUCGAGUUCCUUGACGACACACAAACCAUAUUCUGGACGCAGCUUCGCGCUUUGCGUGGGGAGUUUCACGAGCUGCAAUUGGUCGCACCUGCCCUAGGAAAGGAGCUGGAAGAAGUCGGAAGAGCCAUGGAGGUCUGUGAAACGGAACAGUCUCUGUCAGUUAAGGCAGCUUUGGACCGACGUCGCCGCUCUGUCGAUCGGUGGGAUUCUCUUGUCAGGGAAGUGCGGAAAGUCACAGGGAUGGAACGCUUCCUGCUUCCUGCACGGUUUGGCUUGCUCCGGCAAGCGGCUUUCGAAGUUCCGAUCGUGGUUCUUAACAUCAGCCGUGAGCGGCCUUGCGAUGCCCUUGUUAUCACAUAUACACACCGAGUGCAGCAUCUUCAACUUUCUGGUUUCACUAUGGAGCUUGCGAAAGAAAUGCAUUCAAUGCUUGUCAAAGCUGCUGGCGCCAAGUCUGAUCGACCAGGUCGCAUGAUGCGGGAGAACGCGUGGGUCCAAGUGCUAGACCGAUUGUGGCAGGUGUUCGGACAGCCCCUCGUCAACACGCUGGCCAGAUUAUUUCCCUCCGGCCCACCUUCUCGAAUUCGUCUCUGCCCAAUUGGCGUCGUCUCACUUCUUCCUUUGCAUGCGGCCAUGCCGCGCGGUACACAGCAGCGUGGAUUUGCCGACCUUUUCUGCUGCUCGUAUAUUUCUUCUAUCGCCACCCUUCUUAGGUCCCAGCGCUGCGAUAACGACUACGGCAUGCAAAGACUCCUGGCUGUCUCGGUGCCACUUAUCCCCAAUUAUCCUCUGCUCGCACGUGCCAAGGAUGAGAAACGGAUUCUUCAGACACUUCAUCUCCAGACACCGCCAACAUUCAUGGAUGGUGCAGAGGCAACCAUCGAGUCUGUCUGCAGCGCGAUGACGAACUACGAAUGGAUCCAUUUGGCUGUCCGUGGGGAUGCCAUCGCCCUAGAUGCCAUGAGCAGCGGUUUAUACCUUCAUGAUGGUCCCUUGACCCUCUCCAGGAUCGCCCAGCUUGGCCUUCACAAGACGAAGUUUGCCUUUCUUUCCGCCUGUCAAUUUACACCCAGCUCGGCUGAAAUUCCAGAAGAAUGCCUGCCCCUUGCUGCAGGACUGCAUUUUGCCGGAAUUGAUGGGCUUAUCGCCACAAUGGGCGAAGUCGUUGAUAAGGACGCCUCGGAAGUAGCACGCAUGCUCUAUGCAUACAUGACAAGUGAAAGACAGAUUCCAAGUCACGAGGAUGCGGCGGAAGGGCUGAAAAGGGCAAUUACAAGCCUGAGACGUCAGAACGUUCCCAUCUCUCGAUGGGCGCCUUUCGUCCACGUUGGCUAA